AUAAAUCAUGACUAGUUAAUUAUAAUAUGAAAUUUCAGCUUCAUAGAAAUUGUACACUGCCUUGUUAAUAAAAAAUUGUGACCUUUGUUACUCAUAAUGAAGAAGAUGACAAAUUGCGAGCCAUCAUUAGAUAUCAUUGAAAGCUAGAAGUAGUUGUCUGAACUAAAAAUUGUUCAAUGUAUCACAGUUUUAGGCAACAAUAAAAAAAAAAAAAACAGUUGAUUCUUCUUCUGUUUCUCAACUUUCUAAAACAAACAACAAAAUUAUAUUUCUCAUAAAAAUUCAAUUUUAAGUGAUGUUUUGAUAACAAAAUAUUAGUCGUUUAGGAUUUUUAUUUUCUCAAGAAGUUUUCAUUUUCUCUAAAUAUUUUACGAAAAUAGGAGAAACCCUAAAUCUCCACCCAGAAUUCCUGCAUUGUCAGAAUCAUUGUUCUUUUGUAUUGUCACCAGCAUCAGAUAGUCUUUUUUGGUCAAUGCUGUGAUUUCUGGUUUUGAUAUUCAUUGAUAUUUUGUAAAGAUUCAGGGUUCUAUUUUUUUUUUCCUUCCUUUUUGACAUUUUUUUUUGCAUCACAUCAAAUUGGGUGAAUUCAAUUCCUAGACAAUCAACAACGAGGAAAUGACUCUUGUUGCCAGGUGAUACUGAUCGCAAGAUUCCAUUGCUAAGUGGAAGGAAAGCCUCAGGAAAUGUUAAACCUGGGGUUUCCAUAAUGAAUGUUGAGGAAGAAGAACAAUAUUUUUCUACCAUCAUUUCUUCAUUAAUGGUUGAUCAUCAUCAAAAUUGGCUCUCUCAUACGGAUUCCGAAGUUUCUGGUGCGAGAUUAUGGGCUGUAUAUGCUUCAAAGGAGCUCAAGAACAAGAUUUAAGCCCCUCUCAUAACAACAACAACAACAACAACAACGAUAAGGAUCAAAGCAAUUUGAAUGAUAAAUCCUCUAACCAACUUGUUGCUCCGACGCCUUGCAAGACAGAAGCAUACCACGAUCAUGAUCCAUCCAACUACUCGUCCCGAAGCGCCAGCAAAAGAGGGUCUAGGUACGGUUCGCGACAAUCAUCGAGAGUCUCGCAUUACAAUCCUAAUGCCAUUGGGAUUGGCAAGAACAGCAACAAUGGCAGCGUGGGGGACCGAAUCUUCGUCAAUGAGAACAAGCUCGUCUCGAAAUCAGCUCGACAUCACCAGAGGGGCACGACGAUGGACCUCUCGAACGGGAGCAACUUCUUCUACCUGCCUCGCAUGUCGAGAACUUUCAGCAUGCCAGGUGAUGGUGAUGGAGAGAUUGACCCAGGAUGGCCUCAAUGGCUGACCUCAGUUGCUGGUGAUGCUGUUAGAGGUUGGCUGCCGCGGCAGGCCACCUCGUUCGAGAAGCUAGAAAAGAUUGGACAAGGGACUUACAGCACAGUGUAUAGGGCAAGAGACCUUCAAACAGGGAAGAUCGUAGCGAUGAAGAAAGUGCGGUUUGUGAACAUGGACCCUGAAAGUGUUCGAUUCAUGGCGAGGGAGAUCAACAUCUUGAGGAAGCUUGACCACCCAAAUGUGAUGAGGCUUGAGUGCAUUGUGACUUCCAGGAUGUCAGAGAGCUUGUACCUCGUCUUCGAGUACAUGGAACACGACCUUACCGGGCUUGCAACGAGACCCGGUGUGAGGUUCACUGAGCAACAGAUAAAAUGUUACAUGCAGCAGCUUCUCCGGGGGCUUCAGCAUUGCCAUGACUGUGGGAUUCUGCAUCGCGACAUCAAAGGAUCGAACCUCCUGAUCAACAACAACGGAGUUUUGAAGAUUGGAGAUUUCGGAUUGGCCAACUUCUAUCGUGGUUCGCAGCAGCAGGGUUUGACGAGUAGGGUGGUGACACUGUGGUAUAGGGCGCCAGAGCUCUUGCUUGGUGCCACACAGUAUGGAGUUGGGAUAGACCUCUGGAGUGCUGGUUGCAUACUUGCUGAGCUCUUUGCUGGGAAGCACAUCAUGCCUGGAAGAACAGAGGUGGAGCAAAUGCACAAGAUAUUCAAGCUAUGUGGCUCACCAUCAGAAGAGUACUGGCAGAAGACAAAGUUCCCACAUGCAACAAGUUUCAAGCCUCAACAGCCUUACAAGCGCUGUGUUGAAGAGACAUUCAUCAAAUUCCCGCCUUCAGCACUGGCUCUUGUAGAUCAGUUGUUGUCCAUCGAGCCGGAAGCUCGAGGAACGGCUGCUUCUGCCCUUGAAAGCCAGUUCUUCAAUACAGAGCCAUUCCCUUGUGAUCCUUCAAGCCUACCCAAGUAUCCUCCAAGCAAGGAACUUGAUGCCAAAACCAGAGAAGAGGAAGCAAGGAGAAAAAUGGCAGAAGCCAUCAAGAUGAGGGGACCUGAAUCAGCUAAAGGCCAAAGAAAUGAUAGAGAUUCUUUACCUGGUAAAGGGCAAGGGAAAGCAACAAGCAGCAAUAGCCAUAACUACGAGGAUGAAGCUAAUGGAGGUUACAGGGUUGAGCCUUUAGCAGCAGGAGGAGGGAUGGUGAUGAUCAGGCCAAAUGUUGGUGCUGGUGGUAGCUACACUCACUCAUCUUCCAUGAUUCAUCCAAGUCUUACCAACAAGAACGAUUUCUCCACCGCGAGCACUGUGAGAAGCCGGAACAACAGCACCAUGUCGGAGCUCAGGACACAGCAAUCCAUGGCGUCCCAACCAACAGUGGACAUGACAGUCACCUGGAGGAAGAACGGUAACAGAAAUGGCGGCUCAUCAUUCAACAUCAAAGACUCUUCAGUGGUGUACGUGCCUCCAAGGAAGAACAGGAUCCAUUACUCUGGCCCUCUGAUGCCUGCAGGAGGCAACAUGGAAGAGCUUCUGAAGGAGCACGAGCGACAAAUUCAACAAGCUGUUAGGAAAGCAAGAUCUAAAGACAACCUUAUAGACGAGGAUCAUAAUAGUAGCUACGGAGGAUGAUGAUCAUGUGCAUAAAAGGCAAACAUAACAAAGAUGAAAAGAAGAACCAGACUUUCAGCCCUUCAGAAAAAGCAAGUAGUCAUAGGAGGAGAGAACAGAAUAGAACCUUAACAACAACGGCGGUAAGAAGAUUGGUAGAAGCUGGCCUUGAAGGACUCUUGUGGGACAAGAAACUAAAGGAGGGUUGAAAUGGUGUUGUCUGGAUGUGGUUAAACCCACAAGAUGAAAUAAGGACAUGAAGAUUCC